AUGUCGCCCCCUCGUCGGCACCUAUGGUCUUUUCGAUCCUCCCGAUCCGCGGCGAUCCUCGACGCAGUGCGCAGAACUCGGCAUCAGCGUCGGCAUCGGCUGCGGAAACUCCAUGCUGCUGCUCAAGAUAGUAGCGGGUCAAAGGCUUCAUCAGCUCAAACAAAUGGCCACCAAGGUGGUAUUUCUCAAGGUGACGACAAUACAAGGCAACAAGAUCUUUUUGAGAAACUCCCAGAUGACAUCUUACAUCGUAUACAUUCUCUCUUGCCAAUACGAGACGCUGCUUGUGCUGCCUGCAUGUCUCGUGCAUUUCUGCGUUCCUGGAGAUGCUAUUCCAAACUCAUACUCAACGACCAUGCGCUUCGGUUAACUCACAUAGAAUCUGAGGAAAGAAAAGCCUAUGUCAUCGACAAAAUUGACAAAAUUCUUAAGAACCAUCAUCACAAUGGGGUGAAGGUGGAGUCACUUAACCUUAUUCUUACCCCGUGCAACAAUAUCAAAGCCUCCUACCUGGACAGGUGGCUCCGAAGAACCGUUAAGCCUGGGUUCAAAGAACUUUACUUGGAGAUGCCUUUAUACAUGAAGAAAAUUUACAACUUCCCAUGCUCUGUUUUGUCUGAUGAGGGAGCUGCAAGUUCAAUUCAGUCUCUUGACCUCUUGAGUCAUUGCGCUUUUAAUCCCACAUCAACACUUGGCUGCUUGAGAAGCUUGAAAAUUUUAAAACUUUCUCUUGUCCGUAUUACUGAUGAAGGAUUGGAGCACUUGCUUUCAAAAUCUCCUAACUUGGAGGAGCUGAGCAUCUUUGCAUGUACUGGGAUAGUUUGCUUGAAAAUACCUAGUACGAUGCAGCAUCUCAAGUUCCUCAGGGUUAGAAGAUGCGAGAUACUUUGCAAGAUGAUGCGGGUGGUAGAGAUCGAUGCUCCAAACCUCUGCUCUUUUCACUAUCACAGCUCUCUGCCAGAAGUCCAUGUCAGAAAUUGUUCGCAACUUAAGCAUGUAAAGUUAUCAUAUCCCGGCCUGCCAUCUCGUGCUCUUUUUUAUGCCCGCACUAGUCUUCCAUCCAUCGCACGGAAUGUCGAAAGCCUUAUUUUGGACAGUUAUUGUGAGAACGCCAACACUCCGAUGCUACAGUCCAAGCUACCCCACCUGAAGAACUUGGAAAUUGGACUCAGCUUAUUAGGGUGCUUCGGCUCAAGCUAUGACGUCUUUUCUCUGGUUUCUUUUCUUGAUGCUUCUCCUGCCUUGGAGUCUUUCAUCCUGCGCCUAAAUCGUGAUGCCAUGGCACGCUGUCCUGUUGUUGGAGAUGAUGAUGAAUGCCCGAGGCGGAAGGUGGACUUGUGGCAUAACCACCUCAGGCAGGUGACGAUCACGGGCUUCUGUUCAGCCAAAAGCCUGGUUGAGCUCACGGUUCACAUCCUCGAGAGCACACACUCACUCGAGUGCUUGACGCUGGACACAACCUAUGGAGGCUACGAUAGGAGGAUGAUGGUCUAUGGUAUCAUUGGCAAAUGCCCAAACUCAAGAAAAAUUGGCCAAUGCUGGCCGAUGGGCAAGAGAGCUGUUGAGGAAGCUCAUAGAGCUGUGAAGACUGCUGGUAGAUGCAUAGCGGGGAGAGUUCCCUUGGCUGUUCAAUUUGAGGUCCUGGGGCCCUGUAGUAGAUGCCAUACUGGCAAUCAAUAGAUCAAUG